ACAAACUCUCCUCGCGCGUCUUGUCUCUGUCUUGUCCAUUUUCCAUCACAGCUUCACUCAACUUCAUUCCGCACCUCAACAAAUACAACUCGCGGAUUGUUCAUUUUGGUCAAUGCAACGCGACUUUUCAGCCAAUCGCGUCGGCGCAAUAAUGCCAUCCGAUCAUAGCCUCCGCGACGCUGAGGAGGACACCCACCAAGAUGCGAAGCGUGAAUUGGCCGAUAUCUUCGGAUCAAUCCAAAAGCUUCCUCAAGUCUGUUCCCACCUGAAGAUCGAGUCGGAUAAGCUUGUCGACCCCAAAAUCUUGAUCGAAGAUUGGCCUCAAGUAGACUUUCCAAUCUCCCAUGGAUACGCCGAUUAUAUUCUCCUUGAAGAAGGCGACCAGGAAGGACUGACUGGAAGAGGGCUGGAUCUUUCCAACAUCCGCCUGCGCAAUCCUCAAUGGGACUCGUUUCUUGAAGACACCAUUCUGCCCACAAUCCUCCCGAAACUUGGGCUUGAGAGCGUCAAUCUGGAGCCGCCGGUAUUACGGAUCCAAGGCCCCGGAACGCAACGAUACAGCCUUCUCACCGAGAAACGGGAGGGCCACACUCUCAACGGCAGCAUUUCGGUCUUUCUGUCGUCGAUUCACAAGAAUGAACAUGUUGAAUGUUCUUGCCCCGGUCUCACCGAAGAUGGAAUGCUUGACCGACAGGCCGAUUCCUCAGUAUCCAUCCUCGCUUAGUAUGACGAGGCCACAUACUGGUUCGGGCCAUUACUGAAUAGAUAUCAUGUCUCUCUCGUCUACGGCUUUUCUAUUCAGUCGCAAGACAGUAUGAUGGCAAGACCCAU